UCUCUUUCUGCUAAAAGGACGCCGUGCCGUUCCAGUAUUUAAACCGGGAACCUCCACCCUCGCAUUGGUUUCUCUUGAUCGCUUCGUCACUUGAAUCCGUGCCUGCUCUAAUAGGUAUUAGAGGCUCUGCAAUGGAGCAGGAGCCGCACCGGCCCAUGGAGCUGCCCCCGGGCUUCCGCUUCCACCCGACCGACGAGGAGCUCAUCACGCACUACCUGGCCCGCAAGGCCGCCGACGCCCGCUUCGCCGCGCUCGCCGUCGCCGAGGCCGACCUCAACAAGUGCGAGCCCUGGGACCUGCCAUCGCUGGCGAGGAUGGGGGAGAAGGAGUGGUACUUCUUCUGCCUCAAGGACCGCAAGUACCCGACGGGGCUGAGGACCAACCGGGCCACGGAGGCCGGGUACUGGAAGGCCACGGGCAAGGACAGGGACGUCUUCAGGGGCAAGGCGCUCGUCGGCUCCAAGAAGACGCUCGUCUUCUACACGGGGAGGGCGCCCAGGGGAGAGAAGUCCGGAUGGGUCAUGCACGAGUACCGCCUCCACGCCAAGCUCCACGGCCACGGCCACGGCCACGGCCAAGGCGCAGCCGUCGUCGUCGUCCCCAAGGCCGCCGGGACCAAGAACGAGUGGGUGCUGUGCAGGGUGUUCAAGAAGAGCCUCGUCGUAGGUGGUGCAGCUGCAGCAGCAGCACCAACCGCAGGCAAGAGGGGCGGCACGGAGACGUCGUCCAACUCCAAGACGGGCGACGUAGCGGCCAUCUCCCACCUCCCUCCGCUGAUGGACGUGUCCGGCUCCGGCUCCGGCGCCGCCGCCGCGGCGGCGGCACACGUGACCUGCUUCUCCGACGCGCUGGAGGGCCAGUUCUUGGACCAGACGACGACCACGCCGCCGCCAGAAGCCGCCGCCGCCGCCACGGACGACGACGGCCACCUCGGCGCCCUCGCCGCCGCCUCCUCCUCGGCCUUCCAGCUGCCCGGCUUCGCGCACUACUACUACGGCGGGGGGGCGCCGCACCUGCACCAGCACCACGGCGCCGCCAGCCUGGUGCAGCUCCUGGAGGGCAGCGUUCCGCCGUGCAAUAAGGGCGGCGAGCGGGAGCGGGAGCGGGAGCGGCUGAGCGCGUCGCAGGACACGGGGCUCACCUCCGACGUCAACCCCGAGAUCUCCUCCUCCUCCGGCCAACGCUUCGACCACGACCACGACCACCACCUCUGCUGCUGGGGCUACUGAUCGAUUCGAUGAGCCUACGACUACCGAUCCAGCGCGCAUCAUGCAUGCGGUCGCGUUAUUACUAGCGAUUAGUGUAUAGCACUGCUGUAAAUAAAACACCUACUAGUACUACAUCUGCGUGAGGUCGACGAUCGGCCGUGUGGUGCGUGGCAAUUGGCAUGCAUGCGUCGAGCUGCCUACGUUCCAUUAUUUGCUCGUGUGAUUUGUUACUGUAGACGAGUGUGGGGGUGUGUAAUUAGCAUUGUUGAUGUAUUAUUAUUCACGAUUUGGUGGAAUAUCUCCAUGGUUAAAUGA